GUCAGCAGAGGCAGAGACCACUAGCUUCAUCAGUCUUCUCCAUGUUCAUCAUCAUCAGUGGCACAUUCGUUAUAGCCGAGGAUAGAGCACCAUCCAGGGGUAGGGCAGCCGAACCGAGUCCCUGCGGUAGUCAUGGCGGCGCCGUUAGCCCACUUCGAUGAAGACUGGCAGGAUUUCAAUGAAUUCAAGUCGGCCUCAGGGUCGCCGAACCGACUAGACCAGCUGAACUCGAACGUGGCUGACACGGGCCUGGCGGAGGAUUUCUCGGACAUCGACAACAGCUUUUCGGGGGAGAUAUGCAGCUUCAAAUCAAUGGAGGACCUUGUCCACGACUUCGAUGAGAAGCUGACAGUUUGCUUCCGAAAUUACAACACUGAAACUGAAAACAUAGCCCCCAUUAAACCUAUCACAGAAGAUAAUUUCCUCAAGGACGACGACGUGUGGAAUGCUCUGACCGAUAACUACGGCAAUGUGAUGCCAGUGGACUGGAAGACCUCUCACAUUCGCUCCCUGCAUCUCCCCACUCUCAAUCUCUGUGAGCAGAGGAAGCUGGACAACAUGCCACUUGACCUGUCUGAUGAUGAGGAGCUGAGGGAACAGAUGGACAUGCACUCCAUCAUCGUGUCCUGCAUCAACGACGAGCCACUCUUCACCGUCGAGCAGGUGAUCGAGGAGAUUGAGGAGCUGAUGGAAGAGUCUCCAGACCCAGAGGAUGAUGAGAGCCCGUCCCAGUCAGACCUGUCCAUGCUCUCCCAAGACCUCAGCAACCUCAAACGCUCCAGCUCCAACACCAGCUAUGAGGACCGCCUGCAUCGUCUGUCAGUCUCAGAGCUGAGCGAGGCCUUGGAGGAGGUGGAGACAGCCAUCAGGCGCUACAGUGAGGAGCUGGUCCAGGCCCUGGCCCUGAGGGACGAGCUGGACUUUGAGAAGGAGGUGAAGAACAGCUUCAUCUCGCUGCUCAUCGACGUGCAGAAUCGGCAGAAGGAGCACCGCGAGCUGCUCCGCCAGAAGAAGAAGACCAGGCCCACAGGCAGCGCUCCGAGGGCAGACAGGACACACGUUCCUGGGACGCUCUUCACUAUGGAGGGACUCUCCACUGUCAUUCAGAACGGCCUCCGUCAAACUUUCGGCAGCACAGGAGGGGACAAACAGUACCUGACCACAGUUAUCCCCUAUGAGAAGAAGGCUGGCUCCCCCUCUGUGGAAGACCUUCAGAUCCUCACCAAGAUUUUGCAUGCCAUGAGGGAGGACAGUGAGAAGGUACCCAGCCUCCUAACAGACUACAUCCUCAAAGUGCUGUGUCCCACAUAGACCUAGUGGAGGAGCCCCCUGUUCUAGAACAUUCUGACGGAACACUCAGGAGCUGCAGAUUUCUGGAACAUACCAAUGGAAGGAGAGCCCCCCACCCCUCUAAUAAGGUGGACUCUUCCUGUUGGAGUUUUUCCCCCGCCACAUCUUUUCCCUCGACUCACAUUUUAAUACCUGAUGUUUUACCUUACCUUUUUACGUGUAAUUUUUAAGUGUGUUUUAAUGUUCUAAUGCUAUAAUCUCACAUUAGUUUUGUCUUCUCUGCAUGUUAGCGUCUCUGUUAGCCUGUUGGCAGUAUUACUCUCCUUGUCUUAAGUGGCUUUCUGUACUUAUUCUCUAUCCUCUGUUUGCACUAAUGUAAAAUAACUUGAGAGGGGAAACUCAUUCCUGUCUCUACAUUCACCGGUCUGUCUUUUCACAUCAGUAAGAAAUAGGGUGAGGAGACAAGGAGAAGUCACUUGACCAUUGGAAUGAGUCUUUCCUCUGUUAGACUGGCCAAUGCCCUCUGACUGGGGUAUAUAGGAGGGAUGGGGAAAUAAGGCUUCUUGAACCUCUAUGGGUGGGAUCAGUCAUGGAGUCCAAUGGGAGCUCUCCACUUUAACAGAGAGAUCCUAUGGAUCAGAGCAAUUAAUGAUUGACAAACUAUGGUAUUAGUGGGAUUCAGAAGCCUUGUUUUUUUCCCCCCAUCUCUUUUACGUUUCACAAACCCUGUCGGUUUGUCUUUGCAUGCUGGUACAUAGGAUUAGGGAGCUACACCAGUGACAUGUUAUAAAUCAUUAUUUUGUAUACUACAAUGGGGAAAUUGCACAAAUAGAACAUGUAUUUUUAAGUGAUAACUUUUUGAAAAAGGGAAAAAAAUAAUGACAGAAGUUAGUUAGAAGGUAACCCGAAAGAACAAGCUUGUACAGCUUUUAAUUUUUCUGUAGUUUUAGAGAAAUUAGGGACUUUUUGCUGCCAGUAGUGUGGCCACUUAUGACAUCACCAUUGUUAUGUAAACAAUAGCUGUCAACCUCUGACCCCUCCUAGUGACAUGUUACAUUAUGACAUCACCCUGUAAACUUGCCUGCCUCAUACCUCACCUCUUAGUAUGUACUGAAAGUUUAGGGUUAUUAUAGUAUUUCAGUGGGUAUAACACUAAUAUUAGGAUGAUGAAAUAAUGGUGUAAUUGCUGUGAGUUGAUCCUACCAUGUUGUUUUUAAAACCAAUAACUCUUUGAUGUUGUGUUGAGGAUCAAGUGAUGAUGUAAUCAGUCGGUGAUGUGUUCUUGUCCAGUGGAUGUAGCAACAGUAGUAGAACACUAAAUCGUUGUAUGUACUUAUGGAGACAAUGUAACGGAGGCAGGGAGGUUUCUGUUCAAAGACAGGAGAGAGCCUUCAAACACCAACAUUUCUAUAACCUCUUGUCUACAUCCACAACUGCCAACCUUCAUCAGCACUAUCUGUCAUAGCAACGCUAUGCUUGGUACGCCACAAUCCUGUCAAAUCGUCAGCAUCUAACUAUGCUCAGUGCACAAUAAUUGCAGUCGCACACAAACCGAUCAGGUCCAGUCUAUCACUACUCUACACCCAGAGCAGUGGUUCCACAGUAGUAGAGGAUUAUGGAUUGCGUUAGGAUGAAGAGUGGCGAUGUUGUUACUCCAUGCUUGGGGGAUAAUGUUUUAACAUUAGCAAGCCCAGCAUCCUGCAGCUUGAGUAGCCAUGUAGUAGUAUAAUGCCAUCAGUGAUUGAUAAGGCUACAGAUAAGUAUAGGCUAGAACCUGAAGACCUAGCUAAGUGGUUGUUGUAGCAUCAGCUUGUAGGAACUCUAUAGUAAAACUACUGUUGUAGUAACUGCUGGACGAAGUAUUUAGAAGCCACCUGACACCUAUAGACAGCAACUAGACAUCCUAGGUAAGAAGUCCACGGUAGUGCCAGUUCUGUCCUCGCUAUUAGAAGUCAAAUCAUGGUGUCUAAUGGAAGCUUUUCCCUGGAUCAGAGUGUCGUGUCGAGGUAAUGGGUUUCAGUUGAAUGUCUUCGAAGGUAGAUUUCUUUAGUAAGGGAAGCCAGCAGACCUCUAGGUACUGUACAGAAUCACAUGCAACUAUCUUUCAAUUGUAGCAAGCUUCAAAAGCAUUCACAACCCCUAGCAUGUGCUGCAUGCACUUUUCUACUUUUACUUCAGAUAAAUCAAAUGAAUGGUAAGCAAUAAUGUCACACUAAAGGAAUCCUUAGCAUUGAACCACAUUGCAAUGAGAAAGCUAAGCCGAACUGAAAUAUAUACUAGCUAGGGUGGGGUUUGGACUCCUUGAAACUGGAGUCAAAUUGAGUAGUAUAAUUUGGGUUGUCUUGGAGCGGCACGGCGUUGUCACGGAGAUCAGAGAAGGUUAUUGACUCGGAUGAAGCUCUGCCCCUUUCGUCGCCUGGUCCCUCUAUUUUAGCAAACAUAUCAGCGUAUAUCCACACUUUAUCUAGAGAAUUAUAUUUAUAUAAACACAAGCAACAAAAAAAGGCUGCCUUUGUAAAUGCCUGAACWUUUGUGUAUAUAUAAUCUACUCAUUUAUUUUUAAUGCACUAUACUUCUCCCAUUUGGGGUUUUUAUGUUGUCUUGUCAUGUGGUACUACAGUACAUUAAUUUAUUGGGUAAGUGUUUUUGUUUUGUAACCAUAUUAUUGACUAGUGGUACAAACUUUUUGGGCCAGAAUUGCAUCUGGAGCUCAUUACAAAUAAAAUGAUAUGUUGACUUAA